AUGUGUGCAAAUAUACUUUAAUGAAAGUAGUCGGUAUGGUUCGUGUCGUUACAUACGAUAUAUCUAUAUGCACGUAUAUUGUGUAGUACACACGUAUCGUUGCGGCGAAAUUCCGGAGUCUCUUGGGCUGCGCGCGGAGGAGGGCAUCGCUGCUGCGUGCAUUUACAUUAUUAUUACAUACACGCACACACCUUAGAGUCGCCUUUUCGCACACAUGCUCGCACUCCUUAAAUUGUCAGUGCCGUGUACGAUAGCGUAAGGCUGCCUCUCGCUCGGAUAUUAAUUCCGCCACACGCGAAUUCGAUACACGUCGUCCACCCGUGCAGUGCGCGAAAAAAAACGUCGACUCGGCGACUUGUGCAGCUCGUCUUCAUCGUUGUUGUGAUAAUACAUUAUAUCGUGUCCCUGUGUGUGCGCGCGGCGAGGCUGAAGCUCGAAUUAUAGAUUGUUGCGAAAAAAGUUUACAUCGUAAUAAAGGAGUUGCGAGAGAAAAAAGAAGAGUCGAGAGAGGAGGCGCGGGUCAUCAAUUUUCUGCGAGGACUGCUGCUGCUGUUGCUGCUGCUUCUGUUGGCUUCUGCACUGUGCUGCUCGCGAUCACCUAACCUCAAUCCUUUAACUCUCUGUCUCUCGCUCUCUUCUCUAUAUGUCCGGUGUGCGAAACCGUAAAAUGUAACAUCUAUUGCCAUUGAGGCAUAUGCAUUGUGCUGUGCUGCGCUAAACUUGGUGCAUAUGGAUAUAUAUAUACAGUCAGCAGCGCGUAUCUAGACGUGCGUGUGUAUCUAUACACGUAUACUAUAACAACGGCAUAAUAUCUCUAGUGUAUACUCGUUUCACUGAUGUGCUCUGCUCUGCUGCUAACUAACUGCGACCGACGAGAACGAUUAGUCGGUCUACUCUCGGCGGCUGCUGUUACUGUGCCUGCUAUAUAAUAUAACUCGUCACUUUUUCUCUCUGUAUAUCUCCGUCUCUCUCGGUGGGUGUGCAAUUCAGCGUUCACAAGGACACAUACGUAGCCCGAACUGCUGCUGCUGCUACUGCUGUAAGUUUCGAGCAAGCGAGAGAAAGAGAUCGCAGAAAAAGCUGCAUCAUUUUCAGAAGAGUCAGUCAUAUAAGAAAAUACGUAUAAAGAAGCGACGACUUGAGGAGAUGCAUCCGAAUGACUGCCGCUGCCACUACUGCUGCUGCUGCUGCUGCUACUACUACUGCAGAUGAUAUAAUAUAAUAUAAUUUACAUAUACACAUACAUGUUGAACGCGUGUGUGCGCGGUGUUAUACGGCACGUCGUCGUCUUCGUCGUCGUCGAAGGAUGACGUAUAUUAACAGUUGCUCCAAAGUUAACAGAGACAAUCGCCAAAGAGAUUGAGAGAUUUUAGCGUUACAUAUUUUUUUUUAUCUUCCUUUCGUGCGAUCCGCCGCGGCUUUGUAGUGCUCACUUUUUAUUUAUUCGCUCUCAGUCUCUCGAUCUUGCAUUCGCGAAAAAAACCCAAUCGAGAAUCCGUCCUUCUUCUAUCAUCUAAUUGUUGAGAUUCGUAAUAAUUUGCAUCUGCAAGUCUUGAAAUAAUCGUCGUCGAUUUUAUCCGGUGUAAAAAUGAGUUUUUUUGGUUUCGGCCAGUCAGCCGACAUCGAGAUAACCCUCGACGGUGCCGAUAGCAGAAAAAGUGCCGACAUCAAAUCCGAAGACGGCAAGAAAGAGAGGCAUUUGCUGUAUUUAGAUGGGGAGACUGUGUCAGGCAAGAUCAAUAUCAGCCUGCGAAAAGCAGGUAAAUUGGAGCAUCAGGGAGUCAAGGUGGAGUUCGUUGGACAGAUAGAACUUUAUUAUGAUCGAGGCAAUCACCACGAGUUCACCAAUCUGGUUAAAGAAUUAGCUAGACCUGGUGAACUAACGCACAAUACAAGCUAUGAAUUUGAAUUUGCCAAUGUAGAGAAACCAUUCGAAAGUUACACUGGCUCUAAUGUAAGACUACGUUAUUUUUUACGAGUUACCAUUGUUAGGAGACUCAGUGAUAUUGUUAAAGAAAUUGAACUUGUUGUACAUACCUUGAGCUCAUAUCCUGAUAUGAAUAACCCUAUCAAGAUGGAAGUUGGUAUUGAAGAUUGUUUACACAUUGAGUUUGAAUACAAUAAGAGCAAAUAUCAUUUAAAAGAUGUAAUAGUAGGAAAAAUUUACUUUUUGCUGGUCAGAAUAAAAAUCAAACAUAUGGAAAUUGCUAUUAUCAAACGAGAAACAACUGGUUCAGGUCCUCAUACAUUCACGGAUAAUGAAACAAUAGCCAAAUAUGAAAUAAUGGAUGGAGCUCCAGUGAAAGGAGAAUCUAUACCCAUUAGAGUAUUUCUGGCUGGUUAUGAUUUAGCGCCUACCAUGCGUGACAUAAAUAAGAAAUUCAGUGUUAGAUACUAUCUGAAUCUUGUUCUCAUGGACGAAGAAGACCGCAGAUAUUUUAAGCAACAGGAAAUUACUUUAUGGCGUAAAGGUGAAAAAAGUCGCAAAUCUCAAUCGGCCUCACCCCAUCUUCCAUCUCAUCUUGUAUCUUCAGAAACAGGAUUUCCGCAAGGUGCUCCAACGAAUGGACCUCCUCAGUCGAAGAAAAACAGCGACGAUCCUUUGCAAGAUGGUGAAUCUGAAUCUCCGGAACAAAGCGAGUCUAAUACGCAAGAUCCGCAAGAAAGAGAACAGGAUCGAGAUCACGCUGCACCUAUUGAGGGAAUGCAACGCGAGGAAGGUGAUGGUGAGGGGGACGAUAAAACCGAUGAAUUAAGUCCUGACAGCGCUAGUCAGUGAUUAGACCCAUUUUAUCAAGUUUGCAAAUUUUGAUUACAAGCGGAAUUGAAACAUAUUUCUAUGAAUCUUUGUGCCGAUAGAAUGCCACCCGAUUCUUAUUAUAUCGUUGGAACCACGAACAAUUUUACAUUCUCGUAGGUAUUGUAAUAGAGACGGUAGACUCAUGGCGUUAUAAUUGAUUGUUCGCAAGUUGCGAAUUUUUGUCUCAACUGUUAAUUUUCCCACUAGAUACACACAAAAAUCAUCAAUAUUUUAAAAACUUACAACCGUAAUGAAGGAACGAUCAUUCAACGAUUUUUUACACAAUUAACAUUUUUUAUUGGAAUUUUUAUACUACAAAAGGGAUGAAAAUUUAAUAAUGAGGAAUCAAUUAUUCAAUCAAUUUCAGGUCUAACUUUUUAUGGACACAUUUUUGUGUGUACUUAGUCACGCGAGAAUAUUAAAAAUAAUUGAAUUUUUAUGUAUAGAUAAUUUAGGAAUUAUGCGAGGGUAAAUACGAUGCUCGUUUUGAAAGAUUUAUAACAACAUAUAAUAUUUUAUUCUCAACACGGGAGCUUCUUUAAGUAAGAUUAUAAAAAACUUAAACUUCAUUGAAAAUUGUAAAUAUCAAUCGAAUUAUGAUGAUGCAUACAUGCACAAGCAUGAGCAUUGACGAUGUUACAACUUUUAUAGUCAUGUCUUUCCAUCACAAGUUUUUUCACUUUAAGAUAUUCACUUAAAUAUACAGUAUGCAAUCUAUAGAAAAACAAAUCAUUGUGUAUUUACAUUAAAAUCAAUCAGUCAAUCAAGACUGCUGGUUUGUUUUUGAAGGAAAUAAUAAGUCAUUAAUUGUUGAAUGUAACGUCCAACUUCAAUUAUAAAAAAAAAACCAUGACGCUUCUUGAUGAGAAAGAGAAACUUUUUUCAGUAAUGCGAAGCUUUUUAAUUAUUUAAGUUGAAAUUUUUUAAAAAUAUAUAUAAAUAUUUACAAAUAUUAUUUCGACUUGAAUGUAUCGAAGGUCUAUGAAAUGUAUCAUCGACGCACAUUUUUGUUAUCGAAUUUUCUAAAUUUUUGAAUAUAGAUAUAUUUUAUUUUUUUUAAUGCCAAUAAUUGUACAUAAACGACAAAAUCUAAAAAAAAAAGUAUUUGUAACUCGUAGCUGGAACGUAUUGAGAAAACAUUUCGAAUAGCUUGAUCAAAUAAUGCUUGUGCUACAUCUAUUUAUGUUUGAUUAGUAUCAUCACAUGUAAAUAAAAUUUCGUAUAAAUUGUCCGUUUUAUCGAUUGGUUUAAUAUUGUUAUACGGUUCAAAGACUUUUACCAAAAGGGCGGGAACUAAUGUUAUGAUUUUAAAUAAAAUUCUUGUUUUUAAUAAUGCAAUUUUUUUAAACAAAUAUUGUAAUACUCAUAAGCACAUAUAUGAAAAAAAUAUGAACAGGCCAUAUUUCGCAAGAUUUUACUUCGAUUAAGUUCACAAACAAUUUAUGGUAAAUACGUCCGUACUUGGUCAGUAGGAAAAUAAGCUAGAUUACAAAAUUUACUGAGUCCUGGUUAUUUUAUCAUUUUACCGCUUAUCAUGAAUCAUUGUCAAAUGGCCAAGUGCGAGCACGUUUUUUCUACCUGUGUAUCUUAAGUUAUAAAUACGUAUAUCUUGUAAGCCUCUUUUGUCGUGCCUGGCAGUUUAUUAAUCAAUUAAAUGUGUAAAAUCUACGAUCCAUUCGAGCAAUGAACUUUGGCUGAUUCACAAGUGAUUCAGUAUAAAAAGAAAAAAAAAAAAA